GUUUGAGUUCCGAUUGUUGUAGGAGUCAUAUCGGCACUUGUGGAUCGUUUUGAUUGCACAACCGCCCCCCGUAUAUAACCUUCAGCUUUACUCGUGUGUCGUGUACGUGUGUGUGAGUGAGGGAGAGAGAGGGAGAGGGACUUCAAUUUGGACAGUUUUCUCAGUUUACCGCGAUGAGCAACAGACACUCUAUAAUCCCGAUAAGGGAUGCCUUAUCACGCGUAAACCAGAACGUUAAUCUGAUUGGUUUUGUUAGGGAAUCCAGCUUUCCGAGAAAGAGUCUGGGAACUGAUUAUGUUUCGAUACUGAAGAUUGUGGAUGAGUCCUAUAAGGACGAAGAGUUCUCAGUACAUCUAUUCACCGAGAAGCUGGAGCAUCUUCCGGUCGUUAGGUCAUACAAAGACAUCAUCAUUCUUUACCAAGUCAAGAUUGAAGAGUUUAAUGGGCGGAUAGAUGCCGUUUUUAAGAAAAAGUCGUCUUCAUAUGCUUUAUUUGAUGAACAGAGUUGCAUUGACUGUAAUCCGUAUCAAGCCUCUCCAGGAUUUCGCCUUUUAAGACCUGACAUUGGCUUUAUCAGACGUAUGGGGAAUUUAUGUGCUACCUUUCCGUUUAGGGGAGGAGGAAUGGAUGAAUACCUAUUGUCAUUGAAACACCUAAAAAAUAAGGAGUAUUUUGAUGUGGUAUGCAAGGUUCUGCAUGUCGAAAAAACUGCCAACAAUACAUGGAUGCUUUUUGUGUGGGAUGGGACUGAUACUCCCCCAUUAAGCUUCGAUAUGCAUCUCCAGGAUGAUGAACAGAGCCGGCUUCCAUUACAUGUUGAACAGUUUCCUCUACCGAUGGAUAUCAUCUGCUCAUUUCCUUGUGUUGGGACUGUCCUACGAGUGAUGACUAAUGAAGCUCAUGAAAAGUUUGGCUUAAACUUUAAAGGUAUUGGCCAAUGGGUGAGGAUACGAAACAUGACUUGUGAAGUGCACUUUGGAUUGUGGAAGGGUCUUCUACUUUCUUCUUCUAGAUUUCGGUUUCUUCCCAACAAUGAUAACACUGUCUUGGACUGUAUUAGAAAUUUUAAUUUCCGAGUAGCUGAGGAAGAGGGUCGUCUUCCAUCAUGGAGUAGUCCUCCUUAUUUAACUGUGGUAGAUUACGAAAAUGUUCCAUUUGCAACAUUGAUGGAUCUUCUGACUAAACCAGAGGUUGAUGUGACAGUCAAAUGUAUUGUUCGUGUGGUGGCAGUUUUCCCCCCACAGGCAAAGGACUUCUGCAGGCCUAUUGAGUCAGGUCAAUACAGAAUGAGAUUGACAUUGGAGGACCCAACUGCAAGAAUACAUGCCACACUAAGUGGGGAUAAUUGGGUAAAGUUUUUUGGGGAUUCUUUCUCCAUUGUUAUUCUUAAAUCUAAGGUGAAUAAAUUACUCGGGGUGCUUGACGGGGAAGAUAGUAGUUCUGUAAGGAAUCCGCCAUGGAUACAAUGUUGCAUAAGUCUGAAUUCUGGGGAGUACCGAAUAUGUGGCACUAGCUUCGUUGGAUAAUUGUCCGAUUAUUAGAAGGAUGGAGUUCUUAUGAGGUCUUUGUGCGAUCUGUUGCAAGCUCAGUGUAUGUUUGUUGAAAUGGGCUUGUUGAUAGCUCCUAUAUUGUAAAUUCCUGUAUAAUGUAUAGAUAGCAAUUGUAUAGAUGAUUGCGCUCUUGGUUUAAUCUUAUCGUGAAAUCUACACGAAAUCUCUCACUGUUUCAUGAAGUUUUAAGUUAGGUCUCUUCA